AUGAAAAUCCUUGUGUUAUCUCUGGUGGUGCUGGCCAUCUUUGGAAUACAAUCUCACGGGUUUGAGGUUUAUAACAUCGUCAGCCCUAACAACAGUGGUGGCAAUGUUCAGGAGACAGUGACAAUCGACAAUGAAAAAAAUACCGCCAUCGUUAACAUCCAUGCGGGAUCAUGCUCCUCUACCACGGUCUUUGACUAUAAACAUGGUUACAUCGCCACCAGGAUCCUCUCCCGGAGAGCCUGCUACAUCCUGAAGAUGAACCAUGAAGCCAUCCCUGCUCUGGACCAACUCAAACGGUACAUCUACGAGAGGCAGGCUCUGAACACCAUGUUCUCCAACAAAUACACCUGGGUCAAGUACAACCCGCUGCAGUCCCUGCUCACAGACGUGAAGUGGUUCGUGUUCGGGUCACCCAUCGAGCAGCUCUGCAAACACAUUCCCCUGUACAAGGGGGAAGUGGUUGAAAGAACACAUGACAUCGGUGCUCAGGGCUGUGCAAAGGCUGGGCUCCUGGGCAUCUUCGGGAUUUCCGUCUGUGCAGACGUUCACGUUUGA